AUGCCUUUGCUGCAGCGACUGACACAUGUCUUGGCGGCGGCUGUGGGGGGGCUGGCGAGCUCCGAGGAGAGCAGCAGCAGCAGCAGCAGCGACGCAGCAGCAGCAGCAGCAGCUGGAACGGCAGAUCUGUCGGCGGGCUUUGCUUCUUGCUUCGCCUACAGAUGCAUUGGCCUUCUUUGGUCCCUCACAGACUUCUUAGGAAAGUCUCGUCGAAAGAAAAAUGCUGCUGCUGUUGCUGCUGCAGCAGAAGACAAAGCCGAAGCCAGCGCAGCGCCGGCUGCUGCAGCAAACGAAGCAGCAGCAGGCCCACGAGCAGCAGCACAAGCAGCAGAGGAUGCGGCAGACACGGCUUUCUGCGGCCUGCAGCUCGCAUCCCACCUGCGCGCUUUCGAGCCUCUGUGGCUCACGCAAGAGCAGCAGCAGCAGCAGCAGCAGCAGCAGCAGGCAGUGGAGGAGCUGCUAACUUCCCAAACAUUCUUGCACUUGAGUCAACUCGCCACAGACAAAAGGCCAGAGCUGCGGCACUGCUCUUUGCGCAGUCUAAUUGCUGCGCUGCGCUCCUGCCCCUUGUCGCUGCAGCAAGCGCACGCACUGAGGUGCGUUUCCCGCAUCCUGACCACGACCUUGUUGGAUGUUUGCGGCGCGUAUAUUAAGCUGGCGUUGCGGCGAGGGGAGAGCAGCAGUGGCAGCAGCAACAACAGCAGCAGAAGUACCAGCAGCAGCAGCAACAGCAGCGACACGGAGGCGAAGCAGUGGGCAGAGACUCUUGUCAUUGCUGUGGAUGGGGUGCGUGUGCUUUUGCUGCACUAUGCUGGCGCACUGCAGCAGCAGCAGCAGCAGCAGGAGCAGGAGCAGCAGCAGGAGCUGCAGCAGCAACAAGCGCAGCAGCUCAAUGAGCAGCGCGAAAUCGUAGACGUCAUAGUUGAGUCUGCUGCUGCGCUGCUGGUCUCGAUCCAAGCAGCAACACAGACAGCAAAUUCGCCUCCCCCCGAGCUGCUGCUGGCAGCAAAUCGAGCUCUGGAAGACACUCUGACCCUCAGCGUAUCAUUUGUGCCUGUCCCACUGGAGACUUUGCAACAACUAUACCAUCGCUCUUCGUUUGGUGCUGUCGAGGACCUCGCGGACAGCAGCAGCAGCAGCAGCAGCAACAGGAGCAGCAGCAGCAGGAGCAGCAGCAACGAGAGUGAAACGGAAGGAACAACGACAUUGUGGAUGAUGGGUUGGUCAGUGUACUGGCAGCUUGCGAGGAACCUGCUGCCGCCAUUAAGUGCACUGCAGCAAGCAAGCACCCCCGAGCAGCAGCAGCAGAAGCAGCUGCUGCUGCUGCUGCAGCGGAGCUCGCUGGGGGCGCAAGAGGCAGAGGCCGUCAUGUCUUCUCUUCUGGAGCUGCUGGAGUUCGCUUCUGCACGACGAGCAGCAGCGACAGCAGCAGCAGCAGCAGCAGCAGCCCCUGCAGCAGCUGCUGCAGCAGCAGGAGCAGCAGCAGCAGUGACGACUGGGUCAGUGGAGCACGCGGUGUCUGUACAGCUCGCGCUGGGGGUGCUGACUUCGCCUUCUCUUUUUUCUCGUCAUGCAACUCCCCUUGCCUUGCCGCCUGCUGCGGAGACCACUGGGGCCAGUACUUCUCCAGAGACCCCACCACAGGAGCAGCCACAACAGCAGGCGCAGCAGCAGCAGCAGCAGCAACUGCCGCUGCUGCAAGAGGAGCAGCAGCAGGAGUGGCAUGCAGCUGCACACCCCGCUUCAGAGGGGCCUUGGUACUCUUGGGCGGUCGUUCGUAGCAGCGUCAUGGAGUUUGCUGCUGCAGCAGACUGCAGGCUGCUUGUGGGGUCUCAGCAGCAGCAACAGCAGCAGCACCAGCUCCUGCUACACUUGCCGCCUGUGCAGGGAGUGCAAGGCGCAGCAGGGACAGCUAGACGAAACAGCUGCAGCAGCAAACGUAACGGUGACAGCCUCAAGCUGGGCUUUUCGUGCUUGCGACUGCAGCAGCAUGCUGCAGCAGCAGCUGCCGCUGCAUCUGCUGCUGCUGCUGCUUGCAGCAGCAGCAGCCCCCGAGGAUCAGCAGGUUCUCCGCAGCACGUGAAGUCAACGAACCCCUUUGAGCCCGACAGCACCGCAUGCAGCAGCACGAGCAGCACACCUGCAGCUGCAACAGCAGCAGCAGCAGCCGCAACAGCAGCAGCAGCUGCUGCUGCUGCUGCACCAACAGCAGCCAUGCUGGACGAGAUGAGACAGCGGAUUGACUUGCGCCGCUUCUUACCCCUGCAGCAAACACCUUCAGCAGCUUCUUCCCCGCUGGAAACAGCAGCAGCAGCAAGCGCAGCAUUAACGGACGUUGCAGCUGCUGGAGAAUCAGAAGAGGGCUCAGCAGCAGCAGCAGCUGCUGCAGCGGCUGCUGCUAGUGCUGCUGAUGCCGCUGCGUGCUUGAAAGAUGAACUGCCCUUUUGCUGCUCCUUCCGCCUCACAAGCCUCCAGCUAAUGACCUGCGGGCGUUUACUGCAGCUGCUGCCGACUGCGCAUGCAGCCCCGAAUGAAGAUGUCCUGCCCUGCCUUCUGGAGGAGAUUUGCCGGGUGCUGCUGAACUUGCGGCGGCUUUUCGGGGACUCGCUGAGUCUUGCGCUGGGCAGCUCGGCGCUGCUGCUGCUGCUGCAGUUCUUCCGUAUAGCCAUCGUCAAGGCAAUGCAUGCAGACCAGCAGCAGCAGCAGCAGCAGCAGCAACGGGGCUCCAGCGGCAGCAGCAGAAGCAACAGAACGGCCCUAGAUGCUGUCCUAAGCUGCGUGCCUCUGGUGCUGCAGCACUUCGUUGCUGCUGCUGCUACCCGCCAAGACCCGCGGCUGAAGUCAGUUGGCUUUUGGGCUCUGGCAGCACAAGCUGCAUGCACUCUUUGUGAAGAUGCUGCAGCAGCAGCAGCAGCAGCAGCAGCUAAUCUACUUGUCUCGCCUGAAACUCUGGCGCUGCUGUGGCGCGCAGUCAGCUCUGCGCUGCUGCAGCUAGCUACGGAUGACCACGGUUCGCUGCAGCAGCAGCAGAAGCAGCAGCAGCAGCUGCAGCAGCAGCAGCUGCAGCAGCAGCUGCUACAGCUCCAUAAACGCCAGCAGCAGCUACAGCAACUUCUGCACAAACAUCAGCAACUAAAUGCUGUUCAAACGCAUCUGCCGCAACCAUUUAGCACCCCUUCCUUUCUUCCUAGUGCUGCUGCAAGCGAGCUGUACCUGCAGCAGCAGCAGCAGCAGCAGCUCUUCCCGCAGCAGCCGCCUCCUCCCCCGUACGCUUGCAGCCCCAGCAAUCAGCAAACGCUGCAGCAGCUGCUGCAAGAGCUGCAGCAGGUGCAGCAGCAAGUGCAGCACGUGCAGCAGGAGCUGCAGCAGCAGCAUCAGCAGCAACUCUGUGACAGUCCGGAGGUUGUCUUGCUGCGGCGAUGGGUGCUGCGGAUUGCUGCCACGGUGCUGCAGCAGCAGCAGCAGCACCCGUGGUCUACCACCACUCUGGCCGAUCUCGCUUCGGUGCUGCAGCUAGCCUGCACUGACAUGCGGGCUCCGUCAACUUUUGCCCAAGAGGCAUUUUCUUUGUUCUUCCGGGUGUGCGAAGCGCGCAGCCCGGAGGAGGCGCAUGCAGAGGGAAGUGACGCAGCGGCAGCAGCAACUGCAGCAGUUGCUGCAGCAAGACAAGAGUUCCUGCUGCCCCUGCUGCUGCAGGAGUGUGACAGAGUCGUCAGAGCGUACGCAGAGGCAGCUCGUGAUGGCCCAGAGGGAGGGGCUGUGGACCCGCGUCUCCUGGCUUUCGUGUUUUCAAGUGUACGGACACUCCAGUGUGCUGCUCCUGCAAAUCCGCAGAGCUCUCGUCCAAGCGUUUCAUUGCUGAUGCAGCUUGCAGGCAGCAAGGCGCACCUGCUGCUGUUAAUGCCAAAGCUUGUCUCGCUGGUCACGUGCGAUGACGCCUGCUUACGGCGGGAGGUGCAGCUGUGCCUGCAGACAACUGUAGAAGCUCUCGGGCUGUCUCAGCAGCAGCAACAAGAGCAGCAGCAGGAGCAGCAGCAGAAGCGGGACACUGCUUGUAGUUUGGGCUCCUAA